GCCAAGCGACGUUAAGAAGAGAGGGAGAGCGUUUGUGUAGUUAUGGCAUCUUGUUCACCAAACGUAAAGUUUUUGGACCGUUUUCGUUUCCAGCGUAAUGAUGACGAGAAUGUCUGUCCUAAAGGAAAGAUGACUGUUGAUUCACUGGCCACCAAGGACAGACUUAUCUCAUCCAAAAUUUCCAAAAUUCAAAGCUCAUUUCCGAAACUGAAAGCAUUUAAACCAUUUUCUAAGAAGAAUCCACAAAUGGAGCAUGACAUUCAAACUAAAGAAGUUUUGUUGACCUUUAAGCAGAACCUACAACAGAAUCACUUUGCAAGGGCAGGACAGCAGUUGAUAGACUGCGAGGAGCGCUUAUUCGCACUGAAACAAGAAGGGGUUCAAUCCAGUAAAGGUAUAGUGGAGGAAGAGGAGGAUUGUGAGGAACAUCUGAAAAAAGAUUUUGAAGAACUUUUAGAGAAGAUAUGGUCAACAAUUGAGAACUCUCUUGAAGUCAAAAAUAAGGAAGAGAUUGAUUCACUAAAAGAAGCAGUACUAGCCCUACAACAAGAGGAAAUACAGGACCAGAGAUGGGAAGGAUUUGAUGAGAAAAAAUGCCCGCCAUGGAGGCCCAGAUACUGUAAACGGACUCAUGACUCCCUUCUUGAGAAAGUAGUUAAGCAACGAAUGGAAGCUGCAAAACCAGACUUAAACUGUUCCAUUAAAUCUUCAAUUCAAAUGGAUAUCAUAAGCAAGGCUAAACAACUUAAAAGUGACCUGCUACAAGUGGCAACAAAUGUAAAGAGCUGCUAUCCAGAACUGAACAUAUGUCAGUACUAUGCCAAUCUAUACCAUCAGGCCUUUAGUGCUAAGAUAAAGGAAAUUGCUGACUAUGGGCUGAGUGAUAGUGACUGCUUGCAUAUACUACAGUGGGUGAACACACAUUAUCCCAGAAUUAUAAAACAUGAAGCACUAACUGGGAUGAUUCAAUACGAACAGCUUGAGGCACUGCUACCCAAUAAAAUGCUAGAGCCACUAGAAGAGCAGUUUCUGAGUUCUAAAGAGAAUGAGCUACAGACAUGGUGCCAGAAGUUUCUGAGCACAGAGGAGAAAGCUACUCCUGAAAUGAAAGAUGGGUGCUACUCCAGUACAUUGGCCAUUGAUGUGAUUCAGUGUAUCCAUGGUGUUCUAACUUCAGCACAAGAAGUGUUAGGCGAUCAUUCCAAAACUAAGAGGAUGACACACCAAAUAAAAGAAUUUCUUAUUAUUUACCAUCGUUUCCUUGUGAAAGUCACUGAGGAUAAUCAGAAAGCUGAUGCUGUACUGAAAGCCAGCCUUCACUGUAUCAGGCAGUUCAGGGAUUACAUUAUAAAGAAUGCAGAUUGCUUCCCUAGACAUAUCAAGGCUGAUUGUGAAAAUUUACUAACCAGAAUGAGAGACACCUGCCUUGGUUACUUCACCAUAUCUAUACAUAAAGACCUCAAGGGCAAGUACUCUAAAUUGGGUACUCAAGGGUGGCUUAAAAACAAUGAACACAUGUGUAGUGAACUGCUUGAAGCCGUGGACGGACACAUUCAGAAACUCAAAAACUUGGAUAAUACAUGCCUUACAUGCCUUAAGGAGCUACUUAGUCAGUUUCACAAGGAAGUGCUGGUAGAGUAUGUGAGGAAAAUGAUGAAGAAGAAGAUCAAACUUGGAGAUGAGAAGAAACUACACCAGGCAGCUGAAGCAUUAUGUAAUAACGGCCAGAAAAUACAUACCCUGUUUACUGAGGCCGGGUCUGACAUGGAUGAGCUGAAAAACGUCCUGGCUAAAUUAGCCGAACUGCUAAUACUAAAGGAUCCACACUGUAUUGAACUACAGCUUGUCAGUCUAUACACAAUUUACCCUGAUUUCAGUGAAGCCCAUGUUUCUGCCUGGCUGCAUCUUAAGGCGAACCUCUCUGCUUCAGACCUCAAAAAUAUCAAAAAGACCUUCUCUGAGUUUCGAGAGCUAGAGAGUUUAGAAGGAACUCCUGAGAGCAAUAAUAAAGACCCGUUCUACACCUGCAGUAAUUUCUUCUCUAAAGUGGUUGUCAAGUAAUCUUCUCUAAUACUGUUGUACUGUAAAUCUCUUACUUUCAUUCUGAUUUAUUUUAUGUAGUUUU